AGAGUUAGAGCUUUCCUCUUUUAGCUAUGUAAUCGAGAAUUUAAUCUGAAUAAGAGCUGAUCUGGGAACAGCUUUUAACUGUCACGAAAAAGCGUUCGUUUUUGUUCCGAGACAGUCCCGUAGGGCGGCGUUUAAAACACUUGAAUGAUAAUUUACGGAAAUGAGCCGACAGCGCCGCGAAACCGGGAAACUCCGGUGAAUAAAAACACGGUGGCAAACUGUUAAAUUUUAACCAGAGCGGAGGAAUUUUGCUGAAAAACGAAAGCCUGCCACCGAGGCUUUAGUUUACCGCUGUCAACGCUACAGCUGAAGUCGAUAGCACAGACACAUAGUUACAUUUCACACAGCGGGACACCCUGGAAGAAACGGAGAAACCUCAGGAGCAUGCCGAGCAAUGCGAACUUGAUGUGAAAAUCGUUACGGCAAGAUGUGAGAUGAACCUGGAGAAAACUGCCACCGAGGCCAACGACAUAAUGUUGGUCCGGAGCUCGCACGGCCGAGCCAAAGUGACUCAUGCAGUGGUGGUGAUCUUCCUAGAGUUCUUCGCCUGGGGGCUGCUGACCACGCCCAUGCUGACUGUCCUUCAUGAGACAUUUCCUCAGCACACUUUCCUGAUGAACGGCCUGGUUCACGGGGUGAAGGUAAGACCUAUUGGCAUCAGACACAUUUAUAUGAAACUCUAUAACUGUCCUGUGUCCAGGUGGUAUUUCGCUCUGAUCUCCGUCUCAGGAAUCUUCGCAGUGACCUUCUCGGUGAUCUUUGCCUACGUGGCUGACAUUACGGAGGAGCAUGAGAGAAGCACCGCCUACGGACUGGUUUCGGCAACCUUUGCGGCCAGCUUGGUGACAAGCCCAGCCAUUGGGGCCUACCUGUCGGCGCAGUACGGUGACAGUCUGGUUGUCCUGGUUGCCACUGUGAUCGCUGUGGCCGACAUAGCCUUUGUGUUCUUUGUGGUUCCAGAGUCACUGCCAGACAAGAUGAGGCUGACGUCCUGGGGCUUCCCCAUCUCCUGGGAGCAGGCUGACCCGUUUGCGUCUCUGCGUCGUGUGGGAAAAGAUACCACAGUGCUGCUGAUCUGUGUCACAGUGUUCUUGUCCUACCUGCCUGAGGCCGGACAGUACUCCAGCUUCUUCCUCUACCUGAGACAGGUGAUUGAGUUUUCUCCUGCAGCCAUUGCUGCCUUCAUUGCUAUGGUGGGAAUCCUCUCUAUAGUUGCUCAGACUCUCUUCCUUAGUGUUUUAAUGAGGACUAUUGGUAAUAAGAAUACAGUUCUUCUGGGUCUGGGCUUUCAGCUCUUCCAGCUGGCCUGGUAUGGCUUUGGCUCCGAGCCAUGGAUGAUGUGGGCAGCAGGAACAGUAGCAGCCAUGUCCUCCAUCACCUUCCCUGCAGUCUCUGCUCUGGUGUCACACUGUGCAGCCCCUGACCAGCAAGGUGUAGCCCAGGGGAUGAUCACAGGUAUCAGAGGUCUUUGUAACGGUUUGGGUCCAGCCCUCUAUGGCUUUAUCUUCUUUCUCUUCAACGUGGAGCUGGACGAUAUGCAUCCGGUAGCAGGACGACCCACACAGAAAAUAGAGAAGUCGAUGAUUCCCGGUCCUCCCUUCCUGUUUGGAGCGUGCACCGUCUUAUUUGCCCUCCUAGUAGCUGUCUUCAUCCCUGAGCACCACCGAUUGGCUGAGGCCAAGACCUGCUCCACCCGCAAGUCCAGCAGCACCUCCACUGCACACGCUCAGAGCGCCAGCCCUCUGGCCAUGCCCGCCAGUGAUGCGGAGGACAUUGAGCCGCUCCUGCAGGACAGCAGCAUGUGACAAGCCGGGCCAGCCAAUCGCAGCGUUGAGGUCAUGAGUCGGCUUUCCGAAUAAACAGUUUUCAACUUUUAUUUUUUUAUUUCUUUAGAUCCAGAACGUUCAGAUAAAAGACUCAGGGAAUGUUAAGCAGCAAUCACACUGACAAGAUUUAUUUCUGUAAAAUAUUUCUUCUUUUAGAUAACGUUACUGCCUUAUGUUUGCCUCACAAAUUAAUUUCCCUUUCAAACAAGUCUCAAAUGUCGACUUAGUUUAACAAUGUAGUUUAAAAUAUUCAAGGACUGAUUUAUCAUAGUCUGGUCCUUCCAAUUCUGGUUUCUAUUUGGUUCAAUAUCAAUUUUGUUGAUCCAACAACCAUAUUGAGAGACAGAAGUCAUUGAGAGAAAGAGGAGGUAAUGUUGCUUGAGAUCAAACUAGUAAUGUGGCAUUUACACUGCGCACAUUUUUACCACUCAAACACGAGAACCUUAGCCUCUAAGUCCACCUUAGCUCUAUGUCACUGAACUAGUUUUGGUCUUUAGUUUCUCUAGUGAGAAGGAUGGGAGGCACAUCUGCACCCAGUGUGACCUUAACUUCCUUCACCUGGUAGAGGACAGAGACCUACUCAUGUGAAAACAUACCACUUGUGAUUUAGUUUAAAAUGCUAUGACGUAUAAUCCACCAUGCAAAUCAUUUUACUCACGUUUUUUUUUUUUUUUCUUUUUUUUUUUUAUAGCCGUCAGUCUGGUUGCAACCUAAACACUCUGGAGUCAUUUUGCAUCUGUAUCCGCUGUACCUAACGCCACCUGUCAGGUCUGCAGAAGUCAGGAGAUCUAACGCCCCUUUUUGUACGAGACCAGCAGUGAGGUGAAGGUGUGUUGAAUUAUCCACACAGCUGACCACAAGGCGACCCAAAACUACAGACUGUUGUUUUAACUGAAACUUUAUGUCGGGACGGAAAAAUGGGGAUGGAGGAUGGUGAGGUCAGAGCUGCUCUGCAUUGUGGGAUAUGACACAGGAGAGGUGAGACUGGUCGGAGUGGAGUUGUCUCCUUCAGGGGCAGGGUGGCUGUUUUCUAUUGUUGCUGUUCAUAUUUUAUCUCCGCAUUACUGACUGUUUGUACUCAAAUAAUGAGACUUUUGGAUAACCGGUUACCAUGACACCGAACUGUCACUCACACUGAGCAUGUGCGAGCUCUGGCCGGCUGUGACAUCAUCAUUGUCUCCUGCUGUGUGUUUCACAUUGAGGAGAAAACUAGAAAUAGAAACAUUGAUAUAUUUAAGAAAUUAAUUCAAACCAUUUGAAGUGCUUUUAGGAGCUCUUGUUACGGAGCCUGCUAGGUGUCAUGGACAAUUUACUGAUUCCUGCAAUGGAUUUAAUAUCAAGUUCUAUAUUUUACCUCCUCCCCUGAUGGCAGUAAAUAAGUUCAGUUAGACAUGAGUCUGACAAAGAGAUUUAUAAAGCGCUCCACUUUUUAUUGAAAUGUAGGACGUUUUUACAGCUAAUCAUCUGUUAUCCUGCAAAAUGCUUUCAAUGGAUCUCAAAGAUAAAUAUCUCAAGUAUCUCUGCAUAUCUGAGUCCAAAUUAAAUCUUUAAAAGAGAUCCAGUAAGAGAGUGACCUAAAGCUGAUAGGUUAUCAUAAAUCAACAGUAUGAAUGACUAAAUCCUGGACACUGAGUUGUUUUCCUCCAUGACAACCCCUGGCCGGGCUUGGUGCGCUUAUUUCGCUUAUGUCACUGGAUCACAUUUCAGUAUUACAUCCAUUGACACUACCUGGUCAUUUAAUUUUGUGUUCAAAUACUUGAAGUGUGUCGAGCCUGUUGGUUAUUUCCAGGCUCUGGUAGUGCUCCUCCUCCCACCCGCCUGCCACUCCAGGUUGGACAAAUCGAGUGCUCUUGAGUUACUGAUGUAGUUUAAACUGCUUUGGAUCCAGGCCUGACAGCCCGAUCUUCAUCCGUGCAUUGAGCGCUCUGUUCUCGUUGUGUCAAGUCUGUCUCUGACUUUCAGAGCCGACGGGUUGUUGAGAAUCAAAUUGUGCCAUUUGUUUCAGUUUUGUUUCUAUUUUGUUACUUUGUUUUCAGAUAUUUUUUCCACAUCUUUCCCUCUUCCCUCCAUAAUCAGAGCUGUUACCAUGGCUACAGCCAGAAGAUGCUUUACCCAUAGCAACAGCUUUGUAAUUGUACUGUAUUGACGCCAAACUCCACCCAGCUGUCUAGAUGGCUUUUAGUAUUCCUCUCUGAUGAAAGAUGAACUAAUCCGUGAAAAACACGUGUCAUACCUCACCCAGUGCAGGCUGGGACAGGAUGCAGCCCCCGGUAACCCUGAACGGGAUAGAUGUGU